GGCCGUAGCGUCGGCCUGGGCAGAGAUGGCGGCGGCGCUGGGGAAAGCGGCGGCAGUGGGCAGAGCCCGGCGCCGCCUGCUGCUGGGGCUGGUGCGGCGGGGCUGCGCCGGGGUCGCGGCGGAUGACACGGUCAAUGGGCUGAGCGAGGAGCAGCGGCAGCUUAGACAGACAAUGGUCAAGUUCUGUCAGGAGCAUUUGGCUCCAAAGGCCCAAGAAAUCGACCAGGAGAAUGAGUUUAAAGGCAUGCGGGAGUUCUGGAAGAGGCUCGGGGAGCUGGGAGUUCUGGGAAUUACAACUCCUGUGGAAUAUGGUGGAUCUGGAAUGGGGUAUCUGGACCAUGUGUUAGUAAUGGAGGAAAUCUCUCGAGUUUCAGCAGCUGUUGGACUCAGUUAUGGUGCCCAUUCAAACCUUUGUAUUAACCAGUUAGUACGGAAUGGCAAUGAAGCACAGAAAGAGAAAUACCUACCCAAGCUGAUCAAUGGGGAGCACAUUGGAGCCCUGGCAAUGAGUGAACCCAACGCUGGUUCUGACGUUGUCUCUAUGAAGCUCAAGGCAGACAGAAAAGGGGAUUACUUUGUUUUGAAUGGGAACAAGUUUUGGAUCACUAAUGGACCAGACGCUGAUGUUCUAAUAGUUUAUGCUAAAACAGAUCUCAGUGCUGUUCCAGCCUCCCGGGGUAUAACAGCAUUCAUCGUGGAGAAGGGUAUGCCUGGUUUCAGCACUGCUCAGAAGCUUGAUAAGCUGGGAAUGAGGGGGUCCAAUACCUGUGAACUGAUCUUUGAGGACUGCAAGAUUCCUGCUGAGAAUAUCUUGGGGCAGCUGAGUAAAGGAGUCUACGUUCUGAUGAGUGGCUUGGAUCUGGAGAGACUCGUGCUGUCUGGUGGACCACUAGGAAUCAUGCAGGCUGUUCUUGACCAUGCUUUUCCAUACUUACACGUGAGAGAAGCAUUUGGACAGAAAAUCGGCCACUUCCAGCUCAUGCAGGGUAAAAUGGCAGAUAUGUACACACGGCUGAUGGCGUGUCGGCAGUAUGUGUAUAAUGUGGCAAAGGCCUGUGACCGAGGACACUUCAAUGCAAAGGAUUGUGCAGGAGUGAUCCUGUAUUCGGCAGAAUGUGCUACACAAGUAGCUCUGGAUGGAAUUCAGUGUCUAGGUGGAAAUGGUUACAUCAAUGAUUAUCCUAUGGGUCGCUUCCUGCGUGAUGCCAAGUUGUAUGAGAUAGGGGCAGGAACCAGCGAGGUGCGGAGACUUGUCAUUGGCCGGGCAUUUAAUGCUGCUUUUAAAUAACACCCCACCAUUCAACGAGAAACAGUCUCAACACCAAGAAGCCUUUGAUCAUAGUGGUGGUCCGCAAAACUUUUUUUCUCAUAUCACUGUCACAUCUGGUUGAUUAUUAUCCAUUUGAUGAACAAAUGCUGCUAGGUUUAACUGGGCUCUGCUGACUGAAUGAAUUGGGCAGGAGAACAAAAGUAAAUGUGUUCAUGUGAUCAGCCUGAAUUUGUUCCUUCAUCAUACUCAGCAGCCAUUUUGAUUCUAAAAUCUAAGGAGUUGAGGAUGAAGUUUAUGCCAGGAGUAUAUGACAGUCAAAGCAGGAUGUUUCUUGCAUGGUGAACUUUGAAUAGGAAAAAUCAGUUACUGAGCAUUCUCCUCAAUCUAGAUCAAUCUAGAGGGAAUGGACAUUGGAUCAAUCCAUAAAGAAUGGACAAUGGGAAUGGAAUUUUAUCAUCUUUAAAAAUUUAGAGUGCCAUAAACAAGUAGCAUUUUUAACACGCUGCUGCUGGAAGAUGGUAAUUUCCCAAUGCAACAUUCCACCAGUAUGUUAACCUCCUGGUGCCAUCCAGUUAACAAUUUCAGCUUUGGGAAUCCAAAUGCCAGCUAACUUUGUGGUAGCUACUGUCUGCUGUUAACAUCAAAGGAUUUAAGCUACACAAGCAAUACUGUAAAAAAUGUCACCUAAAACCCUGUUAAGAUGUCAUGUAUUUUUCUUUGCCCAUUGCCUUUCCUAUCCCUGCUGCUUACCAAGAUAUUUGAAUGUAAUCUGAAGUCUUCACUCUUCUGAUUGGCUGCCUCCCGCUGUCUGAUUCAUUUGUUGAUGUCACUAUCAGUCAUUCUGGAAGCUUUUAAAAUGUCAAACCUUGUACUGUGGCAUCCAUCAAUGAAUCAGGCAAGAGGAGGUUGACUUAUUUUAAAGGGUUCUCUGUUGGUGAGUGUGUGCACUUGCACUCCUAAAUUUAAUUGGCCAUAAGGAGAAAGAAAGAGCCUAGUGAGAAAAUUUGGGGCAGUUUUAAGAGGGAGUUAGGGAAACAUUAUGUGGAGUAGUUUAAAUCUUGUGUGGUCUAUUUUUAAUAAGGAAUACAGCAGUGUGUAAUACAACUUCAAAGAGUGAAUUACAGGAAGAAAGUAAAUCUCUUGAAUAUAAUAGAUCAAUGAAUUAAACAGCUGCCAUCUUGACCAUCUCAUGUAGGUUAAAAACAAUAUA